AUGCAGAUUUCUAUUUUCACCAUUGAUGCAUUUAGAUCAGCCAUUCGUGGCAAUCCUGCAGCGGUUUGUCUUCUUGAAGAUGAACUGGAAGAAAGUUGGCACCAAAAAAUAGCAAAAGAAAUGAACCUUUCAGAAACUGCGUUCAUCAGAAAACUGCAACCCACAGAUGACUUUACCAAAAGUUCUCGUUUUGGACUGAGGUGGUUUACACCAGCUAAUGAGGUCCCUCUCUGUGGUCAUGCUACUCUUGCAUCAGCUGCUGUGUUAUUCCAUAACAAAAAAAAUGUGAAUUCCACCCUCACAUUUGUAACUCUGAGUGGAGAAUUAAAUGCCAGACAAGUAGAUGAUCAUAUUAUCCUGGACUUGCCGCUUUAUUUCACCAAUCCACAGAAUGUUAAGGACACGGAAGAGUUAGUGAAGGCAGCUGUAGGUGAUAUGAAUGUUCAAGAUGUUCGCUAUUCUCCUGACACAAAAAAGUUCCUUAUCCGUCUCAGUGAUACUUACAAGAGGUCUGAUCUGGAGAAACUGAAAGUGAAUGCUGAGCAACUUCUGUUGGCUGAAAAGACUGGAAAAAUAAAAGGAGUAAUAGUCACACUUAAGGGAGAUGGCCACGGGAAGCAUGAAAGCUAUGACUUUUACUCCCGCUACUUUGCACCCUGGUAUGGUGUUUCAGAAGAUCCUGUCACAGGAUCUGCUCAGCCAGUUUUAAGUAGUUACUGGUCACAACAACUGGGGAAAAGGAAAUGUGUGCAUUUCAGUGUUCUGCCGGUGGAGGAAGGUAAGAGUUUUGCUGCCGGCAGGACGGAAGAAGUAGAUAUUGGUGGUCAAACAGUCAUUGUAUUAAAAGGCUCUUUGACCAUUUGA